AUGUUUGAUGAUGUGUCUGUUUCUGUCUUGAUUGCUAAUCACAACUCGGUUGCUUUCUCUCCUGUUACUGGUGUUCUGCAAGGCUCAGUGCUCAGUCCCCACUUGUACUCGUUGUAUAUCAAUUCUUUACCGAGUCUUUUGCGUUCUGGUGCUACUGGUGCUACUAUGCUGCCUGUGCCUGGUGCUGAUGCUCCUAUUGCUAUCAAUAGUCUCCUGUUCGCUGAUGAUGUGGCUGUCUUUGGUUCAAAGUCUGAGGUUCAGCGUAUGUUGGAUCUUGCUGCUGGUCAUUCUGUCUCUCUUGGAUAUAGGUGGAAGCCUUCCAAAUGUGCUGUGCUUGGUACUGCUGCUGCUCUUGCUGGCUCUCCUCUGGUACUAUACAAUGAAGCUCUGCCUGUCGUUGACGAAUUUACAUACCUUGGUAUGCCAUUCCGAUACAAAGGCCUGCAUGCUCCUGGUAUUCUGUCUCUGCGUUCUGCUGGUGCUGUCAAGACCAUGGUUCUGUUAAACUCUGUUGGUGUCAACCGCAAUGGUUUCUCUUUGCUGCUCUCCUCUCGCCUGUACAGGACAUUUAUUCGUCCUAAGCUUGAAUAUGGUCUGGCUAUCUCCCAUCUCUCUGCUCGUGAUUUUACUGCUAUGGAUACUUUGCAAAACCGACUUGUUGGCAUGUUUGUGGGUAGUACUUGGGUCAAUGUCGCCAAGCACAUUACCUGUCUCCCCAGUAUCAAACAUCGCUACAAUGUCCUGGCUACCCGUUUUGCUCUGCGUGCUGAUACUCUGCCUGACGAUUGUCUGCUGGUUCUGCUUCGUGCCCAUUUGCACUAUACAAGGUUGGAUCGUUUUAUAUGUGAAAACCCUCUGUAUCAGUCGCUGCCUGACCCUGUUCCUUCUUCUGCUGGCUUGCGCACUACCUUUGCUGCCUAUUGGCAAGAUCAGGUUGAUCUCCAGCUCUCUGCUGCUACUGUCACUGGUCGUCAUACUUUGCUUCGUGCUUGUCGUCCUGACACCAUGAGGCCUGAUCCCAUACUUUACCUGCCUCUUGGUCGUAUUGCUCGAAGUCGUUUGGUCCGUUGGCGCCUUGGUCGUUUCACAAACAUGCGAGAGGAGUGCCCAUGUAUGUCACCUGCAGGUGUUCACAUCUCUCGUGAUCACUUUUUGUACUGUCGUGCUCUUGAUCCUGACUUGAUCGAUGCCUUGCCGCCUGCUCCACCUGGUGUGCACCGUAUUGGCCAUGCUCUUAAUUGCCUGCCAACCACUGCCUCUGCUGGUCUUCCUGCUUACUGGUCUGCUCUACUGAACCUACUGUAUGCUAUCGAUUGCCUUGUGCAUCCUCUGGCUGUCAUUGCUCCGGAUCCAGAUCCAGCGUCUCUUUGGUACUCUCGUACUGGUUGA